UAACCCUUGUACAUAUCUUUGCUUUUAUCUUUUGUAAUGUUCUUGGACCUAUUUUCAUACUCACUAGUACAAUUGAACGUUAGGGUUUUGAAAAAUCAAAACAACCAACCAACCAACCAACCAACAACAAGAAAAGGAAGCUUCUCACUGUGAAUCUCAUUCCCUGUCCUUUUCUUUCUUCUUGUUUUUUUCUGGAAACAAACAAGGGUAUAGGAUUGUGGUGUGCUCGUUUUGAAUCUUAAAUAAAGAAGUAAAAAGUGAUUUUGCAGAACCCAAAUGGCAUGCCAGGCUGUUCAUUCAUGGACAUUUAGUGGGUUAGUGGGUGAUUUUCUUGAUCUUGCUAUUGCUUAUCUCUUACUCUGUGCAUCCACUCUUGCAUUUUUCGCCUCCAAAUUUCUGGGUUUUUUGGGGCUUUUCUUACCAUGUCCUUGUAAUGGCCUAUUUGGUACCUCCAAUAGCAAUUACUGCUUGAAGAGGCUGUUAAUUGAUUGCCCAAUUGAGACAGUCUCUUCUGUUCAACUGUCUGUGAACACAAAGUUUCCCUUUGAUUCAAUUUGGGAGAAAAACCGAGAUUGCCAAAUGAAUUUGAAGUUAAUUAGAGAUCAAAACAAUUGUGUUGAUGGGUUUGUUGAAAUGGAAGGCAAAGCGUCUUGUAGCUCAAUAUCAGGUGCUAGGAAGUUGCAAAAUGUGGUUGAAAGGGACUUGAUUUUGAGGAAUGAUUCGGUUAGGGUGUUUGAUGUAGUGAAUUCAUCAGUUCAUGUCAAGAAGGGAAGGUUUGAUCUCAAGGGUAAGGGGAUUGUAAAUCAGAGGCCAAGGAAUGGUCUUAGGCGACGCCGAAAAGGUCUUGCCGAUUAUGCAAAAGUUUCGCCUGUGUCGUUUGACCCUUCAUUUGCAGAUGAUCGGUCAUGUUCUAACAUCAAUCGUAAAGGGAAUAAUGAGAUUGAAUGCAGUUCACUGCCUGUCAAUUCUGGAGCUGAUGCUAAUCACUUUAAUUAUGAUGAGGAUGCUCCAGUUGUUAAGAAUUUUGGGGAUAGAGCUUCACAUGGCUUUCAGUUGGAUGAAACUCUUCAUGAAAAGAAACUCACAGAGAGAAGUGAAUCAUCCUAUGAAGAGACAAAGAGUAAUGUGCAGAAGGAACUGGGUUAUGAAGGUAAUGAGAAAAAUGCGAUCAGAAUCUUGGAACAGGCACUUGAAGAAGAGCACGCUGCUCAUGCUGCUCUUUACCUUGAGCUUGAGAAGGAGAGAAGUGCUGCUGCUACAGCUGCAGAUGAGGUCAUGGCUGUGAUACUGCGUCUACAAGAUGAGAAGGCAUCCAUAGAAAUGGAGGCUUGGCAAUACCAGAGGAUAAUAGAAGAAAAAUCUGCUUAUGAUGCUGAAGAAAUGAACAUCCUUAAAGAAAUUCUGGUGAGCAGACAGAAAGAGAAGCAUUUCUUGGAAAGGGAAGUUGAAGCUUAUAGGCGGAUGAUUCACAUUGGAAAUUAACAGUUACAAGAUGACAUUCAGUGUAUGGUGAACACACAGAGAGAACAGGCUGAUGCUCCAAUAGCUUAGUGAAUCCAUUGACAAGAAGGAAAUUGUAAAGGAUAAAAGUUCAGUUAAUGAGGUAUUGUCUAUUGAUAAGCAAAACUGUACACCCUUGCCCUUGGAGAGGAAUUAUGAAUUUCCGGAUGGAAUGAAGAAGCUGAUUUUCAAGCAAGGAGAUGUAGAGAAAUCUAUAGUUUUUGAUCUGCAGAAAAAUUUGAUGUCAGCAAUUGACGAUGAAAGAUUGAAAAUAGACAUGGAAGUUGAGUGAAUCGGAGAGAGGUUAAGCAUUGUGCAGGAAUGAAGACAGAAGCUCAACUUCUCUGUGGACUAUCGGGAAAGGGAAAAUUUUCAACUGCAACUUGUAGAAGAUAUAGCAUAACAACUUCGAGAGAUUUGACAGCUAACAGAACCUAGAAAGGCCUCGUGUGAAGCUUUUUUGCCCCUGCCAUCCUCUAAGGUUUGAUGUUAGAUUUCUCUUUCAUCAUUAUCUUCAUCUAUAGCAAACAGUAAGGCUGUGUUUGGAUUAUGCAUUUGCGUAGGGAUUUGGAAAGAGAAAGGAAAAAUGAGAAAAAAAUUGUCUUAUAUUUCAUGCAAAUUUCCUUCACCUUUUCCUUUCCAAAGACCUAUCCAAAGCCAUUGUCCAAACACAACCUAAGUGCACAAAGUUACAAUGCUUACUCUUUUGAAGACCAAAACUUCACCCUUCUCCCCGCUUCCACCACCAUGCUAAUAUUCACCACAAACUUGUUCCCACUCCUUUCUAACACCUUUCCAAAUAUGCCAUAAGAAAUAGACACUUCUAGAGGGUUCCAAUCCCCUAAAUCACACCCAUACUACAGAGCUACUACCAUUCUUCAUCAUAUAUCCCUCACACCCACAAAACUUUUCCUCCGCUUCCCCAAUAAAGCUUGAUUAAGCAUUUCUAACUUCUUGAUACCAAGUCCCUAUCCUAUAAUAGGAGUACAAAUUGAGUCCUAGUCUACCAAAUGGUUACUUGAAUUCCUCCUCCAUUCUACCGUACAAAAAUUGCUCCAUUGCUUUUCUAAUCUCUCACUCUAUUUGGUUCAUUGGAAAGAGAUGGAAUGAAACGGACUGGUCAUUCUUUAAGCUCCCCUAUGGAAUGAUCAUUUUCUUACAAUGGUGAUUGAUGAUUUCAGUUGCAAUGCAUAUUUCAUUAUGUUUUUUAGUCAACCAAAUAUGUGAAUGGAUAUUUUGAUAGAAUGAUUAUUCUGUUUGACUUCAUUCUAGUGAACCAAACACUAUCUUAGCACCAGUGAUAGUAAUAGCAUACGAGGACAUAAAAUGUGUAGGAAAACUAGAUAAAGUAAUGUUAAUUGGAUUACGUAGUAAAACUCUACAACCAAGUAUAACGGCUAGCGAGUCAAUGUUAGAUACCUCCUCUUUGCUUUUGAAGGCUCUCUUUAUAUCUCCACCAACUAGUUCUUCCCUUCAGUUUUUGUUCCUAAAGGUUCUUCUGGCACUCUUUAUGUUCCCUGAUUAACUGUUGUUGGCCACCAGAAUUUCUGUUAUUAGCAUAGUUUUAAAAAGCUUCCAUGACUGUUACUGCCACCUGUUACGGCCGCUAUGGUGGUGUGACAAAAUUCACAUUCGUAAUGGUUGCCACUGUUGCGUGAAGGUCGUAAUGGCCAUUACAGUGCCGUUACAAUUUCGUUGCUGCCAUUACAAUCAUUACGCUUCUAUUUUUUUAAUAUAUUUAUUUUAUUUUUAUAGAUUUUGUAUAUAGGGCCAUUUUUCUCAUUUCCCGUUUUUCUAGUUGUUAAAAUCGCACAAAAAGAAUAUAGAACUUAUGUGAAAAUCUUAGAUCUACAAGUUUUGAAUGUCCAAUCUUCAAGUUCUACAAGACCUGAGUUGAUAUUGAAGUUAAAUGAACUUACUUCUCUCUCUUUCUCUCUCUCUCUCCAAACUUCAUUACCUUUUUGUUGAAAAGCUUUCAUUAAUCUCAUUUGAUUCUUUGAAUAUUAACUUAUAUUAUAUCUAUAUUUGCUCUUUGAUCAAAUUUAUUCAUUUGACCUUUGCCGCCAUUACGAUCAUAUGCUUCUAUUUUUUAUUAUUUAUUUUAUUUUAUUUUAUAGAUUUUGUAUAUAAGGCCAUUUUUGUCUAGUUGUUAAAAUCGCGCAAAAAGGAUAGAGAACUUAUGCAAAAAUCUUAGAGCUACACGUUUUGAAUGUCCAAUAUUCAAGUUUUACAAGACUUGAGUUGCUAUCAAAGUUAAAUGAGCUUACUUCUCUCUCUCUCUCUCUCUCCAAACUUUCAUUAAUUUCUCACUUGAUUCUUUGAAUAUUAAUAUAUUAUAUCUAUAUUUGCUCUUGGGUCAAAUUUAUUGAACAAAAUUUGUAUAUCAUGUUAAGUACUUUUACAUUAGUAUGUUGAUAUUUUGUAUUAUGUAUGAACUUAUGUUUAUGAGAUUAUCAUUUUUAAUAUUAAACAUGUUUCGUUUUUUUCUUCUUAACAAGUGGGAAGUUAUCUACAAGUAUAAUUAGUAAAGUAAAGAAAAUUAAAUACAUCCAACAAUAGGAAAAAUCCCUAUAGUGACUUAAACCUUACAUAAAAAUUAGUACACAUAUUGGAUCAUAUUUAAAAACUAAACAAAACACACGAAAAUGUGAUUUUGAAAUGAAAACAUGUUUGUUAGUAUGUUUUCUUGAAGUUGUGCGAAGAAUCAAAAAAUUUAUGGCUUUGGUCGACUGCCACAAUUAUUAUGCUACGGCUGUUACUUUCCGCAGUCGCAUCAAUGCUAUCGUUACCAUUCUGGUAGCUGCCACCUUUACUUAAAACCUUGGUUAUUAGGUAAUGUCAAAGAAAAGGUGCUGUCAAAGUGUACCCUUAGGAGUUCACAAACCCUCAUAAAGUAUGGAUUUUGUUGUUUCAUAGAUACACAUAGGCUCUUUUGGGUUUCCCUGGAACAGUGAGGUAAAACGAAAAAGAAAGGGAAAGGAAAUGACGAGGGAAAAAGAGGAAGAAAAAGUAAAAACAUAAAGAAUCCAUUUAUUAGAAAUGUGAUUGUCCUCCUUUGGUGGUUAGUCAUGUUUCCCCAUUUUCCUUACUGUUUUAUAAUGAAAACUGGGUUACUUUAAAACAAGAAAACUCCCUUAAAAUGUUGUCCUGCACAAUUUUCCAAUGCAGCCAAACAAAGAAAAAGUAAAAUUCCAUUUGAUUUCUUUUUCCUCAUAAUUUGCAAGUCUUAAAAAGUAUUUGAAUGCUUGAAUAUUUUCAUCUGCUUGGAAAUUAUUAUUUUAAUUUAAAAAGUCGGGGUUAAUUACCUUGUAUUUGUUACU